AUGUCAAAAGCUGCCCGCACAGACAUCCUUACCAUCCAGGCCAUUGGCUGGAACAAGCGGAAGACAGAAAAUCUUGACCGGACUUUGGCGAAACGACACAUCAAGACUGUGCAGAGGAUUGCUGAAGCGUCUGAGGAGCUCAAGAAAUUGGCUGGAGAGUUGUCUAUUCAGGAAGACACUGUUCAGCAAUGGGUGUCUGAUGUUCAACAGUGGACUGCAGAAGGACCAUGCAGUCAAAAUGAACUUGAAAAAACCAUUGAAGGACUGUAUCUCAGCAUUAAGCAGCGGAAAUAUCAGCUGUAUCGUCAGGCUGAUGGCAACAAGAGAAGACAUCUGCUUAGAAAAAAGAUUUCAGUGGAAAAGAGAUCCUUAGAAGAUGCCAUCACAAAAUACAAUGCUGUUGUGCCAGAAACUGGCAAACUCCCUUCUCCCAACAAGCUCCUGGCUGAGGAAAACUAUUCCUGGCCUUGGGAAUGUCAUGGUGAUAUGUUUAAGAAAAAAAAGGUCUUCGACAAGGUAAUGCUGCUGAACCACCUGAAGGAAGAGGAGGUCAUUGUUGUCCGUGAAGUCAAGCAGCACUGGGAGUACAUGAGGAAUAUGGCUGGAAAUAUUGAAGAGAUUUCCUCCCAGCUUUCAGAAGGGAUCACUCAGCAAAGCGGCACAGAUGCAUUGACUGGGAGAGGACGUGAGGGGCUACUCUUGUCUGCUGAAGAGAAGACUGUCAGCAAUUCAAGCUCAGCAGGGUGCAGCUCGCUCAACGUACCAACGUGUUUUUGGAUCGCAAGCCUUGUCUCUCGAUGAUUCGUCCACUGGUGAUGAAGAACCCCAUGAUAGCAGCUCCUCCACCGAAGAUGAAGAACACUACGAUUGUAGCUCCUCUUCUGAACUUUGACCUCCCUCAUUAAAAAAUUAGGAAAACUGUUGUUAUUGUUGAUUACCUGGCCUGCAGUAUGAAUGUGAAAUGUUAAAAUAAACUGUCCUGCAAUUGACUCUUUUUCUGAGUUAUGUACUAUUACUAUUUUGAAGUAGAUGCUGAUGCUUUUUAUGUAAAUUAUGAAUUAUUAAUUUGAGAUUUGUUGGUAGGGCAGUGAAAUACGGCUUUUCAUGCAGCCUCA